AUGACCACAGGAGAACAGGCCCAAGGGAAGUUCGGUGGAUGUUUGGAGAGUGAUUCAGGAGCUGGAAUUUUCCUUCAGAUUACAAAGCCUUCUGAAAAACAAGUUAAAGAACUGGUUCUUGACAACUGUAGGUCAUACGAAGGCAAAAUCGAAGGCCUCACAGAUGAGUUUGAAGAGCUGGAAUUCUUAAGUACAAUCAACGUAGGCUUAACCUCAGUUGCAAACUUACCAAAGUUAAACAAACUUAAGAAGCUCGAGCUAAGCGACAACAGAAUCUCAGGAGGACUGGAAGUGUUGGCAGAAAAGUGUCCGAACCUCACGCAUCUAAAUCUAAGCGGCAACAAAAUAAAAGACCUCGGUACAAUAGAACCGCUG